GGAUACUAUCGCUAUCCCUGUGUGUCCCUGGCAGUGCGAGGGGGUACUUGCUAGGAUGCCUUGGGGGGCACCUCUCCUCCUCCAUCCCGGAUGCAACCAGGACUUUCUGCCCUAUCCACCACUAGGGUAUAAAUAGGGGGCCCCAUUGUAAGACUGGUCCCCCAGUUCUUCAUGACUCCUGAGCAAUGUAGCAGGAUUCUCAUGUUUAUUCCAUGGAUUUGCGAGCAGAGAUGCUGCUGAAGGAUCUGAGGAAGCUGCUGUCCCUCCUCAUUCUGCACAUUGCCUGUGCCAAGGCAGAUGACACCCCUGAGAUGCCCCCGCUAACAACACAAGGAGGACUUCAUUCCCUUUUGGAAAACACCGUAUCUCCAGCGUUUGGGGCCACAGUGAUAAUCAUCGUAACGGUGGUUAUUUCCGGCAGUGCCUAUCUCUGCUUUCUCAAGUACAUCUGCUCCGGGUGCUGCAAAGCUACUCAAGUCGUACCGGUUAGAAGACCGGACCCAUCACGGUCCGAAGAGCAGGUUUAAUCGUAGGCCCAACCGCGCUAAAAAGAAGCCUGAUUGGCCGAGGGCUGGAACUCAUUCCCAUGGAAUUCCCAGUGGCGGGAAGCGUCUCAACCCAAACAUGAACUUACAAUAAAGACAACACUAUUAUUUAGAUGGGACUUUUUUAUUAAUUAAGAAACAAAAAACCCAAGGUUAUACUACUAUAUACAAUUUCAUAAUAAUUUCAGUAAAGUAAAACGGUUUUGGGGGUCAAUAUCCCCUUUAACAAUUUCACAGUGAAGUCGCCAUGUUUCCUACGGGAUUAUUGGUGGUUGGUCCAAAUACUUUAUUUAAAAACCAAUAAGACACAAUCAGUUUGAUAUGUAAUUACAGUUAUGAAGCCAUAUAUGUUGCAGCUGAACUCUUUCCUUUCUAUACGCGGCUUUGCAGUCUACAGUAUUUGUGUUUUUUAUUUUUAACCAAUUAGUGCCGAUAAUUUUGUAUAGAAAUUUGGUUACUUUGCUGGGAAUAUGACGUUUUUUUAUGAAUAUGUUGUUUAUUAACGUGCGUGUGGAAUUUUUUAUAUUUUUGUUUUUAAAUAAAUUCAAGUAGAAAUAAAUGUCAGCG